AAUAUUACACCGCACUGUUUUUACUACAAGUUGUAAACUAACAUUUUAGGAGUGUGGAAAUUCAUGUUUGUGAACUUAAUGGACGUCUGUCGUGUCAGAAAACUAGACAGAAGCAUGUCGUUCUGUGGUUUCUUUUGAGCGCGGUAAACAUAUUUUGAAAUGUUUGGAUUUCAUAAAUCGAAGAUAUAUCGGAGUAAUGAAGGCUGUUGCAUUUGCAAGACCAAGUCUUCCAGCUCUCGGUUUACAGACAGCAGCAGAUAUGAGGAAACCUUCCGGCUGUGUUUUGGGUUGGUGGAAGAUCGAGUUGGAGACAUCUGCAAUGCCUGUGUCCUGUUGGUUAAGCGAUGGAAAAAACUUCCUCUUGGGUCAAAAAAGAACUGGAGUCAUGUUGUGGAUGCGAGAGCAGGACCUGGCUUUAAGCUGACCAAACCCAGGAAGGUGAAGAGCAGGGACGGAAAGAAGAAAAGCAAACUGAAAAGGCUCCACAAAUUCAAAAGACAAAACUCCGAUGCCCACAGCACCACAUCCAGCACAUCACCUUCCCAGUCUCCUAGCUACAGCAACCAGUCGGAUGAUGGGUCAGACAUCGAGUCCAAGCAGAGGCGUUCCACCCCGUCUGGCUUCUCUUUCCUGGAUCUCUCGUACUGGAAAAGGCAGAAGGUGUGCUGUGGCAUCGUGUACAAGGGACGUUUCGGUGAGGUGAUCAUCGACCCGCGUCUCUUUAAACCCUGCUGCGGCUCCAAGAAGCAGGAGACGCUGACCCCCGCCCCCGAAACGGACCUGUCUGAGGCGUGCCCUGCCCCUCUUGCAGCCCCAUGCCCCACUCCUCUCCCAGAGGACCUGAAGGAGAGCUGGUGAUUGGCUGCAGGCCCUGCCCUGAGGCCCCUCCCUCAGAGCCUCUUAGUUUUGUCUCCAGUGGCAGACCCCCCCCCCAUCCAGCUGUACUUUUAUUUUUAUUAGUUUAAUGUAUAUCAGUUAGAUGAUAAAAUGUUUUUUGUAGUUUUAUUAUGAUUGAUUCUUUUCCUCUUUUGUAAAAUGAAUUUCAUUUCUUUCUUUUUUUAUAAGAAAACAAAAAGGGACAAAAAAAAGUUUUUUUAUAUAUAUAUAAAGUAUGGGCAUUAGUAAAAUAUUUAUAGGAUCAGGAAACAUAACUAUUAUAAUAUGUGGCCUGUAAAGGCAGAAUACUGUUUUCUUACGCAUUUUGACUGUAAACAUUUUUUAUAUAAUGCCAAUACCUGUGUUUGUAAAUACUGUUAUGGCACUGCAAGAGACAGUCUCCUGUAGAUUUUGCUUUUGGUUCUUUACAGUGCAGUCUGGGUAUGAAAAAAGCUGCUUUAUUUAAUGAUAUGCAGAAUUCAACAAUAAGCUGGACUUCCGAAUGGCAGCGUUGAUGCUUGUUUAAAGCAAUACUCCAGUGUUUUCCAACAAUCACUUGUUGGCACACUGAAUUGUUCAUGCCUUCAUAAAAAGAAAAAUAAAUGGUUAAAUGGGUUAAGCUGGGAGUAAAGCUUUAGAUGUUCCCAUGGAGUUUUAGUGCUUACACUCCAGAUCAGGAUUGUGGUGCUAUGGGGAGUAAGCAGUAAUGUGGAACUGAACCACAAGAGUUGUGUGCAAGGCAUGCCCUUUACAACAGGUAGUGUAUAUACUUUCUCUGUAGCUGCCCAUGUCUGCAUGAACAAAUUAACAAAAUCCUAUAUUAAGGAAAAGAAUAUCAAAAGUCUUCCAUUAAUUCUAGAUGCAAGGGUUGUAUAUCGGUUUUGUAAAUACCAAUGGCUCUGCAUACACGUACCAUAUUUAUAUGCAGCUAACAGUGGAGUACUUUCCUUUUUUUCUGUAAAUGAAUUCACUGGAAUCAUUCCAUUACUGUAUAUGACUACAGGUAUUCACAAAUUGUUCCUUUGAUAAUUCCACAAAAUGUUCAGUUUGUUUGUCUGUACAUGCAAGUCAUUCCUUUAUCAUUAAUCAAGUCUGUAAACUUUACGAUGAGCUGGUCUAAUUUGGUUUGAUUUUUGCUUUCUACUGUGUCCUGUCCCAUUUCUGAUCAUUUAGAAUGACCCCAGCUGCCUCGGCCAGUAAACUACAUCUGCCUGUGAACAUACAAUCUAAUGGGUUGAUGUCCCAUACACUUUCAUUCCAUGUGGUUGCUUUUAAUAAGUAAAUCUGAAACUAUGUUCCCACCCAAAAAAUUUUUUGUGAUGGCUUGAUAAGCAACCUUUAACUAUUGCACUGUCUUUACUGUAUGCGAGGUGACUAAUGCAACUGUCUGUUAUAGGUUAUACAUGUUAUUAGCCAAACUCAAAACUGUCCCAUAGAACACCCUUGAGCUUUUUCUUUUAUUUUUUGGUGUCAUCCUGAGGUCCGUUAUUGUAAAGGAUAUCUUAUCAGUUAUGUCACUGUCUCACUUGUUCUAUGAUCCACUAAAUUUGGAAAGUUACUUGUUUUCUUUUCUAUAUAAUUUAUAAUUUCAGCGAGUUUAUAUUCUAUGAUAUCAUACAGUACUGAAUUGUAAUUAAUAAACAGACUCUUUUUACCCAUUCUCAGAAAGAGCUACUAUGAAUCAUUAUGGUAAUUUUUAACUAGCCUGUUUGCCUUCAGAAUGACUGCCAUGAAAUCCAAGUGGUGGACAAUAUGGCCAGUACUGUUUUUAAAUAAACUUGACAUUCCCAGUGUUAGUUGGAUAGGAAUGCUCUACAGAAUCCCCUUUUGAUGCAGCUCAGGACCACAAAUAUCUUGCAGAACAAAUUCACUGUUCUGUACAAAUAUGGAUUGCAUAGCCGUCUUGAUUUUCAAUAGAGAUCUAAAAAAUCUGUUUUGUGAUUUGGUAUGCAUAUAGGUUACCGUUUUUUUUUUUACCAUUUUCAGCAGUUCUAUAGCUCAGUACCUGCAGUGAAAUUGCUUUUUUUUAUGAUUGGAGGAGUUGGUGGUGGUUUUGUUUUAGUGCUGUAUGUCACCUCUAGUGUUUUGGGACCUCUGAAAAUAAGAAUAUUGUCUUGAAUCAUGCCAGAAGAGAAGAAAUGCUUAGAGGAUGAUGUUAAAUUCCAUUAGCUGAAACUGUUUUGGUUCACAGGGAACUGCUAUACAUUUUUACAUUUCUAAAAAGCAAGGUACAUUAUCCAGGCAUAAUGUGAAAUGUGCCUUAUGGUCAAUCAUUGAAACCCUACAAUAGCUGUUUUUUAUAAAGAAGAGCUGCCCCAGCUAAUUUAUAUUUAUUUAUUUUGCUGAACAUGUCUACACCUCAUACAGAAACUCAGUCAUUUUAAUUUUUCUGCACUUUUUGGAUUUUUUGGUUAAUGUUAAAUUUGAUGUUAUUUUAUAUAUCUACUGUAAUCUGUAUUUUAAUAAAAUAUGAAAAUUA